ACCCCGCGUUGCGCAGCCGGCCCAAUCAGAAUGAACUACGGAGGCGGGCGGGACCUAGCAGAGGCUGGGCAAAGGCUGCACCAAUCCAAACCCAAGGGGGCUCUGAUGGGCGGGACACUCGGCCUAUCAAACCUCGAUCGGAGAGAGGGGCGGCCUAAUGAGAGGCGAGCGGGAGCAGAGGCCUAUGGGAAGGUGGCCCAACAUGGCGGCGCCCUGGCUCCGCGCUCGCGAGCGGCUGAGGCGCAUCCCCGAGCUGCUGGCGGGCUGCCGGGACCAGGCCGCAGCCUAUGGGAGGCAAAGGCAGCUGCGAAGUGACGCAAGUGGAACCGCGAGCGACCCAGGACCUGGAUUUAUAGCAGCUCUGGGGCCCGGCCGGCUGGAAUAGGCGCAUUCCUGAGCCUGACAGCAGCUGCCUGCUCUCGAAUGCUCAGAUGGGAAGGAAGGAAGAGGACCAGUGGGCUGGGCACAGGAAAGCUGCGGGCCCCAGUCAGGUCCCAAUCUGGGCCUGUCAAUAAAGGCCUGGAAAAGGCUUUUGAAACUGCUC